AGUGCGUCCCAGAUCUCAAAUGCUGUCACGUCCUGGAGGCAAGAUACGGGGAAAGUCACCAAUUUCCUUAACACUGCGACAACGUACACCGGCUCAGAAUACACCAAACAAGCUACGAUCGCUCUCAACGCCGAACUUGACGAGCUGAAUCACAAGAAGGUUCUUGACACCGCUCUCAAAGGAAUGCAGACGGUAUCGCAAGCCAAUGCUGUGCUUGAUACUCAGGGUACCUUUCAACAGGUCGUUGAUGUUUUAAGAUCCAUGGUCGCAAAUGGUCCUGCCAACGCCCGAAAAGACGUCGACACCAUCAACAAAAACCGUUGUGUCAAUGUUCUUCCCAACAUCGACAAGUAUUUCGCGGCUGCUGGUUCGCCUGACUUACAUGCAUUUCGUCCUACGGGAUGC